AUGGGGAUCUUCGAAGCAACCGUUCAGUCGGCUUUGAUGUCCAUACUAUCCAAUGUCUCGGCCCAGACGAUCACAUGCUGGACAAACAAUAGUCCAUUGUCGCUGAACGUGGUCAAACUUCUGCAAUUCGUCUUGUUCUCUGUUCUUUCCACUCCACCCAACUAUCUGUGGCAAUGCUUUCUCGAGGCUCAAUAUCCCGCGUACGCGUCAGAAUUGCCGCACAAGGAAAAGGAAGCGUUCGUCGAUGAUGCAGUCUCGGGCAAAAGCACCAGCGUUGAUGAUUCGCUUCGGAAACGAGUGCAAAGCAAAACGUUGACGGAGAAGUCCCUCGACGAAGCAAGCGAGAAGCCUGCGAAGCAGCUCAGCAUAAAGAACACUGCGGUCAAGUUCACACUUGAUCAGACGAUAGGAGCUGCUGCAAAUACUGUACUUUUCAUCGCUGGUAUUGCACUGUUACGAGGACAGUCAGUGUCCUCCGCCUUUCAGGAUGUCCAAGAGCAGUUCUGGCCCAUGACAUUCGCUGGGCAGAAGCUGUGGCCUGCGGUGAGCAUUCUGAGCUUCACUGUCGUCCCGUUCGAGUAUCGCAUGCUGUUUGGGAGCGUUGCCGGACUUUUCUGGGGAAUAUACUUGAGCCUGGUAGCUGGUGGCUAA